GGCGGCAGCGGAGCCGCACGUGGGUCCGGCCCGGUUUGUGUGUUGGAUAUCGGUGUCGGUGUCGGAUAUCGGUGUCGGUGUCACCACUCGUGUGUCCCGUGUCGCAUAUCGUGUGUCGCCACUCGUGUGUCGCGUUGCUGUCACCGCCGCCAUGGGCCGCGCCCGCCGCCGGCACAACUGGAAGGCGCGGCUGCCGCAGGGCCCCGCUCCGCCCGCCGCCGAUCCGCCGGAGCUGCCGCUGGAGCUGGGAGAUGGAGCRACGCUGAAGGGGAUUGACCAAAGCAAUGCCCUGGUCCUGCCAGCAAAAAAAGCAAAGAAGAAGAAAGUCCCCUGUGUUGUGCAACAGCAGAAGAAACCCCUGAGCAAAAAACAGAAGAAAAACCUGCAGAAAGUCUUGGAGCAGAAGGAAAAGAAAAAACAGAGAGCUGAGCUGCUGAGCAAACUGAACGAGGUCCAAGCUCCUGAGGCAGAAAUGAAACUCCUCUACACAACUUCCAAACUGGGCAUCGGGGAGCGCAUGUACCAGGCUAAAAGGGUGACCCAGGAGCCGAGGAGUGACGUCCCUGAGAAGAUCAGGAGCAUCGGCGGCGCCAACAAGAGAAGGCACAGCUCAGAAUCGGAGCCUGAGGAGGAGCCCAGCAGCUCAGAGGAGGAGGAAGAGCAGAAAGCAGCCCCUGAGGAGCCCUCGGGCAGGGCUGUGAGCGCUGCUGCAGAGCCCCAGGGAGCAGAGGAGGAGGCAGGGGCUGACCCAGCGGGUCCCAAAACGCCGCUGCCCCCAGCAGUGCCCAGCACAGCUCUGUGCCAGCCUGCUGUGUUCAUCCCCGUGGACAGGAGUGCUGAGGUGCAGGAAGCAAGGCUGAAGCUUCCAAUCCUUGCUGAAGAGCAAGUGGUGAUGGAAGCCAUUAAUGAGAAUCCCAUUGUGAUCAUUUGCGGGGAGACGGGAAGUGGGAAAACCACACAAGUGCCUCAGUUCCUGUAUGAAGCUGGAUAUGCCAGUUCCAGCGGUGCCAUUGGGAUCACGGAGCCGCGGCGCGUGGCCGCAGUGUCCAUGUCCCAGAGAGUUGCCAAGGAGAUGAAUCUGUCACACAGAGUGGUUUCCUAUCAGAUCCGCUACGAGGGGAAYGUCACAGAUGAGACUCAGAUCAAGUUCAUGACAGAUGGGGUGCUGCUCAAAGAGAUUCAGAAGGAUUUCCUGCUGUCCAAGUACAAAGUGAUCAUCAUUGAUGAAGCCCACGAGAGGAGCAUGUACACGGAUAUCCUGAUCGGCCUCUUGUCCCGCAUCGUGCCCCUCCGGCACAAGAAAGGGAUGCCCCUGAAGCUGAUCAUCAUGUCAGCCACGCUGCGGGUGGAGGAUUUCACUGACAACACCAGGCUCUUCUCUGUCAAACCUCCYGUCAUCCAGGUGGAUGCGAGGCAGUUCCCUGUGACUGUUCAUUUUAACAAGAAAACCCCUCUGGAUGAUUACAGYGGGGAGUGCUUCAGGAAGGUGUGUAAAAUCCAUCGGAUGCUGCCUGCAGGUGGGAUUUUGGUGUUUUUAACAGGCCAGGCAGAAGUUCACUCUCUUUGUAGGAGAUUGAGGAAAGCCUUCCCAUACCAAAAAAACAACACUGCAGGAGGAGAGGAUGACAGAGAAGACUCAGUGGAAGAAAUGAGGAAAUUUAAGAAAUCGAGGAAGAGGAGGAAAGUUACGACCCUCCCCAAAAUUGACCUGAGCAGUUACUCAGUGGUCCCAGCGGAUGAAGGGGAUGAAGACAGAGAUGGUGACAGCGAUGCUGAYGCUGCAGGCUCUGAUCUUGACCUGGAUUUAGGAGAUGGAGACUCAGAAGAAGAUGAGAAAUCAGAUUCRUCCCUCCCACUGUUUGUGCUCCCGCUCUAUUCCUUGCUGGCACCAGAGAAACAGGCCAAGGUGUUCCAGGCCCCUCCUGCUGGCACCAGGCUCUGCGUGGUGGCCACCAACGUGGCCGAAACGUCCCUCACCAUCCCCGGCAUCAAAUACGUGGUGGACUGUGGCAAAGUCAAGAAACGUUUCUACGACAGAAUCACGGGGGUCUCGUCCUUCAGGGUCACCUGGAUAUCCCAGGCCUCGGCCAACCAGAGGGCAGGCAGGGCCGGCCGCACCGAGCCAGGCCACUGCUACAGGUUAUACUCUUCAGCAGUKUUCAUGGACUUUGAGAAAUUUUCUGCUCCAGAAAUAACAAAGCGACCRGUGGAAGACUUGAUUCUGCAGAUGAAGGCAUUAAAUAUAGAAAAGGUUAUCAACUUCCCAUUCCCAACUCCACCUCCCACGGAAGCRCUGGCAGCAGCUGAGGAGCUGCUGAUAGCCCUGGGAGCCUUGAAGGAGCCCCCCAUGACAGGAAGGCUGAACCAGCAGCUAGCAGCCAAGCUGAGCUGCCCCAUCAGUCCCCUGGGCAGAGUGAUGGCCACUUUUCCCGUGGCUCCUCGCUACGCAAAGAUGCUGGCACUGAGCAGGCAGCAGGACUGCCUGCCCUACAGCAUCACCAUCGUGUCUGCCAUGACCGUCAGGGAGCUCUUUGAGGAGUUUGACAGGCCUGCAGUGAGUGAGGCAGAGGCAGCUCAGCUGAAGGGCAAGAGGGCGAGGUUUUUACAGAUGCAGAAGGUGUGGGCUGGGCAGGGGCCCAUGCAGAAGCUGGGGGACCUCAUGGUGAUGUUAGGAGCAGUGGGUGCCUGUGAAUACUCUGGGUGCACCCGUGAGUUCUGUGAGGAGAACGGGCUCCGCUACAAAGCCAUGCUGGAGAUCCGGCGCCUGAGAGGACAGCUGACCACAGCAGUGAACUCGGUGUGCACGGACGCCGGGCUCUAUGUUGACCCGAAGAUGCAGCCCCCAACAGAAGCUCAGGUGACCUGCCUGAGGCAGAUUGUGCUGGCAGGGCUGGGGGACCACCUUGCCCGCAGGGUUCAGGCUGAGGAGCUCCUGGAUGACAAGUGGAAAAAUGCCUACAAGACUACCCUCCUGGAGGACCCAGUGUUCAUCCACCCCAGCUCAGUCCUGUUCAAAGAGCUCCCAGAGUUUGUGGUGUACCAAGAAAUUGUUGAGACUACAAAGCUCUACAUGAAAGGUGUGUCUGCAGUGGAACCCGAGUGGAUUCCUGCCCUGCUGCCACCCUACUGCCACUUUGGGAAGCCUCUGGAAAACCCUCCUCCAUCCUACUGCCCUCAGAGGGGCCGAGUUCGCUGUCACAGGCCCAGUGUCUUCUACCGUGUAGGGUGGCAGCUCCCUGCUGUGGAAGUCGAUUACCCUGAAGGAAUUGAUCGUUACAAACUCUUUGCCAGGUUCCUGCUGGAAGGAAAGGUCAUUGAAAAGCUGAGUUCCUACAGCCAGUGCCUGCUGUCCAGCCCCCUCAUAAUGCUCAAGACGUGGUCCAAACUCCAGCCCAGGACAGAAGCCCUCCUGCAGGCUCUGGUUAAAGAAAAUUGUGAUAAUCGUGACGCUUUGCUGGCUGCAUGGAGGAAAAAUCCYAAAUAUCUGCUCUCAGCCUAUCGCCAGUGGGUCCCCGAGGCCAUGCACCAGGACCUGGCCCUGAAUUGGCCACCAGUAGCCGUGUGACCCUUGGUGUGGAUGGAYUCCUGUUCUCCCAGAUGUUUGGAGCUUUCCAAGGGUUUCCUUGGAAGUCUAAAACAGCUGAACUCACCAGCUGUAACCAUACCUUUUUGUAAGCAAACCAGGUGUUGUCCUGCCACCUGUUUGGCUGGUAUUUCAUAAUAUUAAUAUUUGGAUAAUUUUAUCCAUUGUAUUUUACAGAUUUUUUUUUUUUUUUUACCUGAAGUUUGUCUUUGGACUAUAUUAGUCGUAUGAACUGUAAUAAAUAUGUAAAGUUCUUGGU